AUGUCUUCUCUGGGAAACUUCGAUCCCAAUGCCAUAUUACGAGGAGCACAGCUCACUCUAGUGGGCGUACAUCGCGCACUGCAGAACCCGGCCUUAUUCACUUCAAACCAUUAUCGCCAAGCGGCUCUGGCUGUUGCUGCUGGCAUAGCUAUUCGCAUACUCGUGGCCAUUCCUGUAGAAGGAGUAAGGCUACUGCUAUGGAUCAUUUCCUUCACGGUAGAUAUGGAUCAUGCCCAAUGGGAUGAAUCAGUGGUAGGAGGUCUGCACUUUCUGGAGCACACUGUGCUCCAAGUCCCUUUCUUUCUCAUGACACUCAUGCGAUACAUCACUCCGACCCUCGAUCAAAUGUUCAUGGACUCCUUGCGCUGGGUCGACCAGACCUAUGUCCAGAAGCAUAAGUCGGAAGAUCCUCACAGUCUUCGCGCCAUGUACUAUCCCAACCUUCAACAAUACCCACUGCAUGUCCCCAAUGACAAGCGACAAAAGACUCCUAUGAAGCAAGCCCUCACUAUGUUCGCCAUCAAGUACGGUCGAAAGGCUGGGAUAUCACUGACAGUCCUGGCCCUCUCAUAUCUCCCGUAUGUAGGCCGCUUCGUCUUGCCCGCUGCCAGUUUUCAUACUUUCCAAAAGUCUGUGGGCCCCCAACCUGCGGGAGCAAUAUUCGCUGCAUCCCUCAUAAUGCCGCGGCGUUAUUUGGUCAGUUUUCUCCAGGCCUACUUCUCCUCGAGAACAUUGAUGCGGGAGCUUCUGGAGCCAUACUUUGCUCGUGUGAAAUAUACCAAAGAACAGAAACAGGUCUGGUUCAAAGAUCGGGCUGGUGUCCUAUUUGGGUUCGGGCUUGGCUUCUACGCCUUCGUGAAAAUACCCAUGUUCGGUGUCUUAAUUUACGGUCUGGCCGAAGCUUCGACAGCUUACUUGAUCACAAAAGUUACCGAGCCUCCACCGCCACCAUCCGAGGCUGAGGAGUACAAGCAAGAGUCACUUCGCUGGAAAAAUAAGCACGAAUUUCUGAGCCUUCCUUGGCAGAAUCUCGACAUCCCUAAUCUUGAGAUGUUGAAGGAGAAACUUCAACCAGAAACCCGUCAAACGCCACGGAAGCAGUUCAGCUGA